AUGGGGGAGAAAGAUACCUUUAUACCUGACAGAAUAAAACUGGAUGUGACACAUAAUGAGCAUCUACCUCCACACCAAAAUGACUUUGACCUUCAGGUGAAAGUCAAAUUUAAUAAAGGUUCUGAAGUUGUUGGGUUUGUCCUGUAUGGGAACGAUCAGUUCUUCCAGUCACAAAACUUUAAAUCAUCUCUGAAUAUCAAGAGAAGGGUGGUCUCCGCUAACCUGCCAAAAAAUUGUAAAUUGGACAAGGUUGAGUUAAAAGUCCCAACACUAUCGACCGAUUCCACCAAGUCCCUCCACGACUUUGCAUGCGUGUCAUGGAGUGAUUCCAAAAAAGAAUGGAUCGCAGAGAACUGCGCCAAAGAAGUGAGCACCAGCGGUCACGUAACAUGCAGAUGUACACCUAAUCAAGCAAAUAUAAACUUUGCCAUUCUAAUGACUUUCAGUGGAAACUAUCAAUAUUCAGAAGCCCUACAUUGGAUCAGCAUCACAGGCUGUUCUCUUUCUGUAGUGGGUCUGGCUAUCACAGCAGUGUACCAAGUUGUGACCAGGAAGUCAAGAGGGGUAUCCCCUACUCUGAUUGUGGUGAACGUCUGCUUGUGCAUGAUGAUUUUCUACCUUCUCUUCAUCUUCGGCAUUAACAACCCUGAUCAACAUACGAAGGCUGUAAAUUUUUCAGAGGGGAAUAUGGUUCCUGAAUCAGAUCACUAUCAGGACCCAGAUAACGGUCACUGCACGGCAGUUACAGCCCUACUUCAGUACUUCUUGUUGGCCACAUUCACUUGGAAUACUCUGUAUGGCGCAAACGUGUUCCUCCUCUUCAAAAAUAAAGUGUCUGGAACGCCUCAGUGGUUUCCAAAGGUUGCCUUGGCAGUUGGCUGGGGGUUUCCUGCUGUCAUUGUUGGAAUCUCGUUGGGAUCCACCUACAGAGUGAAGGAACCUUUAGGUUAUCGGCAAGAAGAGUUUUGUUGGUUGGCUUUCAUGGACCAGAAACACAACUUUGAUAUGAGAAAACCCAUGUUCUGGGGAUUUUUGCUCCCUCUAGUGAUCAUGCUGAUCUCCAACACAGCAAUGCUGCUGUUCUUCUCUCACAACAUCUGCAGGACCAACCCUAAUUUAAACAAGUCACGGGAAACUCCUCUAAAGAAGAAGAUUUUGAGUAGUUUCUCUCUAGCCGUGAUGCUCGGUUUGUCUUGGGUCACAGGCUACAUUUUACUCAUCAGCCAAGAAAAAACUCUCAAGCUCAUCUUUAGUGUGGUUUUCUGUCUCUGCAACACAACACAGGGCAUUCAAAUAUUCAUUUUAUUCACUCUGAAAUCUGUAUUAAACAAGAAACCAGCUAUUCUGAACAUGAUGCAGGAAUCACAGAUAAGCCUUCAUAGGAAAACGUACUCUUUUUGGAAAGUUAACAUACCAGAAAGCAGAGAAACCUACUCAUCCACAGAUCUCGACUUGUUCAGUCCACCACAGCUCGUCAAUGAGCUGGAGUAG